AUGUUCGUUAAAGAGAUUGAUUCUUCAAUAGAAGAGGUGGAAAGGGAAUACAAGCUAUUGAACUUAUUAGAAUUCAACAGUUCAAGAAAGAGGAUGUCAGUGAUAGUUCGUGAUGAAGUUGGUCAGAUUUUCCUAUUUUGUAAAGGCGCUGACAAGCUAGGUGAUGGUGGUAGGACAUACCAACAUGCUACAACCACGCACCUUGCAAACUAUGCAGAAGAUGGGUUGAGGACAAUGGCCUUUGCUUAUCGAAAGAUUAAAGAUUUGGAAUAUGAAGAAUGGAGCUCAACAUUUGCUAAAGCAAAGGCCACAAUCGGGCCUGAAAGAGAGGAGGUGCUAGAGAAUGUGUCUGAAAUCAUCGAGAAAGAUUUGAUGUUGUUAGGUGUUGUAGCUGUUGAUGACAAGUUACAAGAUUGGGUUGCAGAAUGCAUAGAUAAACUCGCACAGUUCCAACUGGUUCUGGGGUGCUUUCAGGCUAUGACAGAUGACAUAUUAAAUCAAAUCAAGGCUUCUUAUCAAGUGACAGUAAACGAAAAAACCAAGGAUGAUCCUUUUGCUCUUGUGGUGGAUGGGAAAGCCCUUGAAAUUGCUUUGGGGAAUGACAUAAGGGACCAUUUCUUGCAGUUGGCAGUUAAUUGUUCCUCUGUUAUAUGUUGUCGUGUCUCUCCUAAACAGAAAGCCUUUUCUUUUUUUGAUUUGGAAUCACAUAGGAUUUUCCGGUGA